AUGACUGAAAGUGAUCCAGAAGUAUAUUUAGAUAUAUCUGUUGACAACAAACCAAUUGGCCGUAUUGUUUGUAGGCUUUUCCGUAAGGAUGCUCCAAGGGCGACCGAAAAUUUUUACAAGCUAUGUAUAGGUGAAGUUAAGAGUCCCUUAAAUGACAAAGGAUGUCUGAGCUAUAAGGGAAAUAGCUUUCAUAGAGUUGUGAAGAACUUUAUGAUCCAGGCAGGUGACAUUGUCUUUGGAACGCAAAAGGAUUCUUCUUUAUCAUCAGUUGGAAAAGGUGGGUGUUCAAUAUAUGCCAAUAAAGAAGAGGUAAAUACUAGUAAUGACUCUUCCUGCUACGGGAAUUUUGAAGAUGAAAAUUUAGGAGAGUUUCUAGAGCCCUUUACUUUAGGAAUGGCGAACUUGGGUUCUCCAAACACAAACAAUUCUCAGUUCUUCAUCACCACAUACGCCGCACCUCAUUUAAAGGGCAAACAUUCCAUUUUUGGACAAGUGAUUCAUGGAAAAUCUGUGGUUCGUACUGUAGAAUAUUGUAGUGUAGAUGCUGAUGGAGUUCCUGAAUCAGACAUUCGUAUCAGCGAUUGUGGAGUGUGGGAAAAAAGCAUGGGUGUCCCGCUUUAUAACGCUUCUAAUGACCAGAUUGGAGGCGACAUAUUCGAAGAAUUUCCUGAUGACGAUACACAUUUCGGUGAAGAGGAUUUUGGUAAGGCUCUUGAAGCUGCCAAUAUCAUCAAAGAGUCUGGGACGCUUUUAUUUAAGAAGAAGGACUACUCUAAUGCCCUUUUCAAAUAUAGAAAAUCUCUAAAUUAUAUCAAUGAGUACAUGCCUGAACCUGAUGUAGAUAAAGAGAGAAACGACCAAUUUAUUUGCUUGAAGAUGAAAGUUUUUUUGAAUUUAUCUUUGGUCCUUUUCAACUUAGAAAAGUACGAUGAUUCAAUCACAUAUGCUACAUAUUUACUGGAGAUGGACAACGUUCCAGACAAAGAUCAAGCAAAGGCCUACUACAGAAGAGGUAACAGCUAUUUUAGAAAAAAAAGACUGGAUGAAGCUUUGCAGAAUUACGAGUUCUGUAAAGAGAAAAAUCCCAAUGACACUAUUAUAGAACAAAGAAUAGAAUAUGUUGUGAAUCUCAUAGAAGAAAAAAAGGAGAAGACAAGAAAGAAUAUUUCAAAGUUUUUUUCCUAA